UAACCCAGUCAUUACUCUCGGCUUGAAAUCAAAUUUAAGUUUUCUAUACCGCCAGUCGUGUACAUUCUUUUUAUCGAAUCAGUCUGAUGAACUCGAGAGGAGGAUGCAUCGUGAUUCUGUCACUCCUUGUAGGGAGUGCGCUCACAGAAGAGACAGGAGAAAAGUUUGGCAUGACAGUCGUCGAAUCUCCAAACCCCAUGAAUUUUCCACAUCCCUUUGAUGAGUACGAGAAUUUAGGACAUUAUCACUAUGCGUCCGCGAUUCCAUAUCAGGACCAAAAUUCUGGAAAAAAUAAUCAAGGGAACACGCUCCAUGCCGCACAGCCUCGUAGGAAUUCCGGUCCAGCGGACUCGACCAUACAAAUGAAAGGGCAAGAGAUGUCAAAGCAACCCUUGGACACCGUCAGGGAUGAUCUCGAGGUUAAGAGCCGAGAACACGCUUCAGACAGCCUCAAAAGUGGUCAAGAGAAAAUCGUGGACAUACCAAUAGAGGGCGCUGAUGAAACCCUUGACACUUUCGUGGUCGACGAAGAAAAUCCCUCGACCAAUCACGUUGCCACUCCGAACGUGAGACCAAAUGAUGUUUCUCCCAGCAACACAGCGUCACUCUCAACGCUCCUACAAGGAAUCAGGGAUUUGCGUCUGACCGUCGGAGAAAUGGACGAGAAGUUGGAUAGAUUAAUAGAAAAGCUAAUUCCAAAUAACACCAAGGGCAAUCCAAUGAUCAGGAAAGGUGUCGCUUGGUUCAAUAAAUUACUACAUCGUGACAGCGUGCAGGGUCCAGCCAAGGUGCAACAACACCAAACAGACUCAGCAGAAGGAAAGAACCAUCAAACAAUGAGAUGGAUGAACUACUUCCGCAGCCCGUCUUCUUAAAUGUGAGGACCCUUGAUUAUAAUUUAUUGUGUGACAUCAUCAUGGUCAAAGAAACUGAACCACCAGUUGACAGAAGUCAAAUCACGAGAAAAAUGGAUAACUGAUUUAACGAUUAAAUUGUUUAAAAAAAUGACAGAUAUGUUUCAAAUGUACAUUUUAAAAUAGUGGGAAACUAAUUCAACCUCGGGCGCGGGCAUGGUUAACUUGGCAUUUUUUUUAUUGUAAAAUCUACAUUGAAACAUGUGUGUCACUUUUUCUAACUACAAAAUUGUUAAAUCAGCAAUUUAAUUUCUUCCGUGUGCCUAUUGAGAGAGGCAAUGGGACGGCUUCCUGUGUCAGAGGAUUGUGUAUUAAUGGUUCGAUCUGGAGUGAAGGGAUCAAAGCCAUAGGGUUUUAAUGGCAUUGCAUGAUUGCAGUGUUUGAUUUGACACUUCUUUUUUGUUUAGUGAAUAAAGAAAGAACUUUUGCAAAUGCUCAUCUAAAAUUGUACGCAUUUAAACGAAUGAAGUCCAUCAACGUGUUCGAAAAUUCGAUUUGAUUUUUGGUUAGCUAUAAUCUCUGUUCCAACCAUCAAAAUACGAUUCUGUGACAUACGGAACGGUUUCAAUCUUAGGCGAAUUGGACCAUUGAUGUCAGAUGCUGUGAAAUCAUAUGAUGAUUAUCCUUUUUUUUUUCUUUAUGAGCUUCAAACAGCCAUUUUCAGCCAUUGUCAUGCCAUUCAUUCUCUACACUGGAUAGUAUCUUACCAUGUCAGAGAGUGAACAAAUACGUAUUCAUGAAAUUAGGCUGCACAGAAAUUCAGCAUGUAUCCACAAUCUUAAAAAUAUACAUUUAUCACAAUUCUUAUUCCUCCUCUUA